GCGGCUGAGGCUUCUCAGUGUGUGUGUGUAUGUAUGUGUGUGUACAGUAGAUGGUGUGUUGCUCGAAGUGGGAGCGGCGGUAAUGAGAUGCGUGUGAAACCGCCCAGUCCCGGGAGGAGACGGAGUUUCGUCGAGACGCGAGCAGUACUUAACACUUCAAAAUGCUGCAGACUACCACUGUGAACCCAACAAUUCCGUUCCUUGUACUUGUAUUCGUAGAAAUUUUGUUCCUUCAUUUCGUAAGAUGAACAUCUUCCAAAAAUGACGACUCAGAGACCAUUGAGUGGAACCUUAUUUUUUCAUCUCUAUUAAAUGAAACAAUAACGUCUGAAAGUUGAAUAAAUUCAUUGAAGACAGUACUUUUGAUCCCGGACAUUAUCCACAUUUUUUUAAACUAACAAGCGUAUUGACAUAAAUUUGUAAGUUGAAUCCUUGAGUGCACUACUUCGAAGUGUGCUGUUCAGCAGGUUUUUCUCCUCCUGCUGAAGCGAAGUCUAAGGUUGUCCUAGAAGUGGUGAAAUGAAGAGGCUGUGUGAAAAAACAAUGUCUAUUUCUGUUUCUGAAGAGAACAAUUUCAUAAUGAUGUAAGCCUCUCCCAACAUCUGGAUGUGGUGCUAAAGGCAAAGCAUUUUUGAUCAGCUGACGUGAAGCUGUGCAAAGAGGACCUUCAUUAAAAUAGCUUCUUGCCAAAAUAAUCUUAAACUUCAUCAUGCACAGACUGAAAAGAAAAAUGAAGAUGGCUUAGAUACGAGGAUGUUUCCUUGAACCUUGAAAGAGAAGUGUGAAAUUACACUUGCAACAUUGCAGGGUAAAGAAAGAAAACACAUUUUCUUGACUAUUAGACAGGUCUUGACAGAUUUAAAUCAAGUCAGAUGUCAUCAAACGAAUCUUCUCCUCCAUCCUUACAGAAGUUUUCCCCAUCUGCGUCCCAUGUUGCUGCUCCACCUACCCCUUCUUUAUCUUCAAGUCCACAAUCUGGACUCUCAGGCCGACUGUCCAAUGGCAGCUUCAGCACACAAAGUCUCACCAACUCCAGGGGCUCUGUGCAUGGCAUCUCCUUCCUGCUGCAGAUUGGUCUUACUCGUGAGACUGUUACAAUUGAGGCUCAAGAUGUUUCCCUUUCUGUUGUCAAAGACCUAGUGUGCUCCGUAGUUUAUCAGAAGUUCCCAGAGUGUGGUUUUUUUGGCAUGUAUGACAAAAUUCUCCUGUUCCGCCAUGACCUGAACUCAGAAAAUAUUUUACAGCGGAUUACAUCAGCUGAAGAAAUACGUGAAGGUGACCUCGUUGAGGUUGUUCUCUCUGCAUUGGCUACAGUCGAAGAUUUCCAGAUUCGUCCUCAUAUGCUAUAUGUGCAUUCUUACAAAGCUCCCACUUUUUGUGACUAUUGCGGAGAGAUGCUUUGGGGCUUGGUACGACAAGGGUUGAAAUGUGAAGGGUGUGGAUUAAACUACCACAAGCGAUGCGCCUUCAAGAUCCCAAACAACUGCAGUGGUGUAAGAAAGAGGCGUUUAUCUAAUGUAUCUUUACCAGGAUCUGCACUUUCAGUCCCAAGAUCAGUGCAAACUGAAUACACAGUCGCAGUCACAGAAGAGCGUCCCCUUCUAGAGCCCAGUAAAAGGAUUCCUUCCUGGAGUGGGCGUCCAAUAUGGAUGGAAAAGAUGGUGCUCUGCAGGGUGAAGGUUCCACAUACCUUUGCUGUUCAUUCUUACACUCGACCCACCAUAUGCCAGUACUGCAAACGAUUGCUCAAGGGUCUCUUUCGCCAAGGAAUGCAGUGUAAAGACUGCAGAUUUAACUGUCACAAACGUUGUGCUUCUAAAGUACCCAAAGAUUGUCUUGGAGAAGUUGUGUUCAAUGGAGAACCGGCUAGUCCAGGUCAAGAUAUGGAUAUGCCAAUGGAGGUUGACAGCAGUGAAAUGAACAGUGAUGGAGGUAGGAGCUUGGAUGAUACAGAAGAACCCUCUCCCCCAGAAGACAAAAUGUUUUUUAUGGAUCCAGCAGAUCUAGAUGGGGACAAAGAUGAAGAGGCUGUCAAAACUAUCAGCCCAUCGACAAGCAAUAAUAUUCCAUUAAUGAGGGUUGUGCAAUCAAUCAAGCACACAAAGAGGAAGAGCAGUACAAUGGUGAAGGAAGGAUGGAUGGUUCAUUACACUAGCAGAGACAACCUGAGAAAAAGACAUUACUGGAGGCUGGAUAGUAAAUGUCUUACACUAUUUCAGAACGAAUCUGGGACAAAGUAUUACAAGGAGAUUCCGCUUUCUGAAAUUCUUCAGGUGACUCAGCCGCGGGACUUCUCAAAUGUGGUGCAAGGCAGCAACCCACACUGCUUUGAAAUAAUCACUGACACCAUGGUGUACUUUGUUGGCGAGAACAAUGGCAGCAAUCAUCAUAAUCCAGUUUUGGCUGCUACUGGAGUGGGACUGGAUGUAGCGCAGAGCUGGGAGAAAGCUAUUCGUCAAGCUUUGAUGCCAGUCACGCCUCAGGCUAGCAUUUGCACUGCUACGGGACAAGGGAAAGAUCACAAAGAAUUAUCUGUCAGCAUUUCUGUUUCAAAUUGCCAGAUCCAAGAAAAUGUGGAUAUCAGUUCCGUAUACCAGAUCUUUGCUGAUGAGGUGCUUGGCUCUGGUCAGUUUGGUGUUGUGUAUGGAGGAAAACAUAGGAAGACUGGAAGGGAUGUGGCAAUUAAAGUCAUUGAUAAAAUGCGAUUCCCCACAAAACAGGAAAGUCAGCUGCGCAAUGAAGUGGCCAUUUUGCAGAAUUUGCACCACCCUGGGAUUGUAAACCUGGAAUGUAUGUUUGAAACUCCAGAAAGGGUUUUUGUUGUAAUGGAAAAACUUCAUGGCGAUAUGUUGGAGAUGAUUCUUUCCAGUGAGAAAAGCCGGCUUCCAGAAAGAAUCACCAAAUUCAUGGUCACUCAGAUACUUGUGGCUUUGAGGAAUUUACACUUCAAGAAUAUAGUGCACUGUGAUUUAAAACCUGAAAAUGUACUAUUAGCAUCAGCAGAGCCAUUUCCUCAGGUGAAGCUGUGUGAUUUUGGUUUUGCACGUAUUAUUGGUGAGAAGUCUUUCCGGAGGUCUGUAGUGGGAACUCCAGCUUAUCUCGCCCCAGAGGUGCUUAGAAGUAAGGGCUACAAUAGAUCUCUGGAUAUGUGGUCAGUGGGAGUCAUCAUCUACGUGAGCCUUAGUGGUACAUUUCCAUUUAAUGAGGAUGAAGACAUAAAUGACCAGAUUCAAAAUGCAGCGUUUAUGUAUCCACCAAAUCCCUGGAAGGAAAUAUCUAGUGAAGCUAUCGAUUUAAUAAACAACUUGCUUCAAGUGAAGAUGAGAAAACGUUACAGUGUUGACAAAUCACUUAGUCAUCCGUGGUUACAGGAUUAUCAAACUUGGCUUGAUCUUCGGGAGUUUGAAACUCGCAUUGGAGAGCGUUAUAUUACCCAUGAAAGUGAUGAUGCUCGCUGGGAAGAACAUGCGUAUGAGCACAAUCUUGUAUACCCCAAACAUUUCAUUAUGGCCCCCAAUCCAGAUGAUAUGGAGGAAGACCCAUAAUUGUUAUCCAGGGAAAGGCGCUUAACUUAAACCAUUACUGAGCAAGUAUUGCUCUUUGCUCUUCAGUCUAUAAAGCAGUGAAGGAUCUUCCAUCAGUUUUUGGAUGGUCUAGAUGAUUUGGGAAAGGCUCCACAUCUCUAGUUACUGUGACUAUGAAUGUGAUCCGGCACUGGGUUAAAAGCCAUGAAAUAUUUGUGUAACAUUGCCUUACUGGUACAUCACAGUGAUGCUACUGGCCGAUGAAGUGCACAGAGACUUGAUGUAGUAUGUGAAAUUUCCAGGGUUUUUGUAGUUUACACAAUAACAAAAUAAUUUUAAUGGUUUUCUAGUUCCUACCUACUAAGCCAUAGAAUACUAUUUUCUGGUAUUUAGAUACACCUGUUAUGAAGCUGUAGAGAAACCUGAAAUAUAUACCAUGACCAAAUAACUACAACAAUGCUUGAUUUUUAAGCCCCAUACAAAACACUGGUAGAAUAUUUAUUUAGCAGGUAUGAGUUGGAAAAGCAAUAAAAGUAAAGGGAGCCAAUAAUUUUA